CACGUAAUCCCGGCCGUCGGGGCGCGCGCCGUGGAUCGCAGCCGGAGCCGCCAUUGUUCCGCCGAAGGAGGACGGCGGGGUCCGCCGCUGGCGCCCAGACGCCGCUUAGCGGCCGCCACUGGAGGCACUCCCCCUCGCAUCGCCCCCUCCCUCUCCCCCCUCCUGCUGGUGGCGGCGGAGUGAGGCUGAUUAGGGGGAACCUGGGAGCCCCCUCGGCCCUCCCCGCGGUGACAGCGGCCGAUCCCCGGCUCCGGCGCGUGGGGCGGCCGCGAUGCACUCGGCCUGAAGCUGCCCGGCCCGGUCCUUCCUCGCUUCCCUUGACUAUUCCACGGCGUGUCUGCGCCCCAGCGUCAUCCUGCGAGUCCCUCUGACGGGAGGGAAGAUGGCUGCACGGAGCUGGCAGGACGAGCUGGCCCAGCAGGCCGAGGAGGGCUCGGCCCGGCUGAGGGAAAUGCUCUCGGUCGGCCUAGGCUUUCUGCGUACGGAGCUGGGCCUCGACCUGGGGCUGGAGCCGAAGCGGUACCCGGGCUGGGUGAUCCUGGUGGGCACGGGCGCGCUCGGGCUGCUGCUGCUCUUCCUGCUGGUCUACGGCUGGGCCGCGGCUUGCGCCGGCGCCCGCAAAAAACGGAGGAGCCCGCCCCGCAAGCGGGAGGAAGCGGCGGCCGUGCCGGCCCCGGCCCCUGACGACCUAGCCCUGCUGAAGAAUCUCAGAAGCGAGGAGCAGAAAAGGAAGAACCGUAAGAAGCUGCCGGAGAAACCCAAACCAAAUGGACGGACUGUUGAAGUGGCUGAGGAUGAAGUUGUCCGAACUCCUCAAAGUACAACAGCAAGGCAGCCACCUGAGACAGAUAAGAAAAAUGAAAAAUCAAAGAAAAAUAAGAAGAAAUCAAAGUCAGAUGCUAAAGCAGUGCAAAACAGUUCACGCCAUGAUGGAAAGGAAGUUGAUGAAGGAGCCUGGGAAACUAAAAUUAGUCACAGAGAGAAACGACAGCAGCGUAAACGUGAUAAGGUGCUGACUGAUUCUGGUUCAUUGGAUUCAACUAUCCCUGGGAUAGAAAAUACCAUCACAGUUACCACCGAGCAACUUACAACUGCAUCAUUUCCUGUUGGUUCCAAGAAGAAUAAAGGUGAUUCUCAACUAAAUGUUCAAGUUAGCAACUUUAAGUCUGGAAAAGGAGAUUCUACACUUCAGGUUUCUUCAGGAUUGAAUGAAAACCUCACUGUCAAUGGAGGAGGCUGGAAUGAAAAGUCUAUAAAACUCUCCUCACAGAUCAAUGCAGGUGAGGAGAAGUGGAACUCUGUUUCACCUGCUUCUGCAGGCAAGCGGAAAACUGAGCCAUCUGCUUGGAGUCAAGACACUGGAGAUGCUAAUGCAAAUGGAAAAGACUGGGGAAGGAGUUGGAGUGACCGUUCAAUAUUUUCUGGCAUUGCUGCUUGGUCUAGUGUGGAUAGGGGAAUGAAUACCUCUGAACAGAAUUCUGCUUCUUUUGCAUCUCUCACACUUAACUCUGCUGUUUCUGGGUCUACCGCUGAGCCAGUUUCUCAGUCUACCACUUCUGAUUAUCAGUGGGAUGUUAGCCGUAAUCAACCCUAUAUCGAUGAUGAAUGGUCUGGGUUAAACGGUUUGUCUUCUACUGAUCCCAGUUCUGAUUGGAAUGCACCAGCAGAAGAGUGGGGAAAUUGGGUAGAUGAAGAAAGAGCUUCACUCCUAAAGUCCCGGGAACCAGUUGCUGAUGAUCAAAAGGUUUCAGAUGAUGAUAAAGAAAAGGGAGAAGGAGCUCUUCCAACUGGGAAAUCUAAAAAGAAAAAAAAGAAAAAGAAGAAGCAAGGUGAAGAUAACCCUCUUGCACAGGACACAGAAGAAUUAGAAAAAGAGAUUAGAGAAGAGCUUCCAGUGAAUACCUCUAAAGCCCGUCCAAAACAGGAAAAAACUUUUUCCUUGAAGACCAUAAGCACUAGUGAUCCAGCCGAAGUACUUGUCAAAAAUAGCCAGCCUAUCAAGACUCUUCCACCUGCUAGUUCUACCGAGCCAUCUGUCAUCUUAUCAAAAAGUGAUUCUGACAAGAGCUCUUCCCAAGUGCCACCGAUGCUACAAGAGACAGAUAAAUCCAAGUCAAAUACCAAGCAAAAUAGUGUGCCUCCUUCACAGACCAAGUCUGAAACUAGCUGGGAAUCUCCCAAACAAAUAAAAAAGAAGAAAAAAGCCAGACGGGAAACGUGAAUUUUUUUUUCCUGAAUUGGACAUGUGUUUGCAAACACUGUCUUGAAGAUUAUGCUGUUUAUGCAAUAAUUUGUGAACAUGUACAGAGUUUUAUAUAAAAUUAAACCAAUUUUUAAAACUGUGAACACAACCACCAUAAAAAUGGAAUCAAAGGAGAGUUAAUUUAUGAAUUUACGAGGUCAGCAGAAUAUACUACAGUGCUAGAAGACACUUGGGAAAGUCUUUUUAAUUGAAUGAGAAUGAUCUUAAUUUAAGAAUAUUAUCCUGGUUUUUCAACAGUGCCCUGUUUACAACAGAUUGUGCCCUAUCUCAUCUGCAGCUGAGAAAUAAAGGAUUCUGAUUAAACAGAGGGUUGCCUACAAAUUAGUGGGCAACUCCUUGGAUCUUAUGCACGGAACUUGUACCAUUUGAAUCUGUUUUAUGCUUAAAUCAAAGUGCUUUGAUCAAAUGCAUAAUCUGCCAUAACUUUACAUAUUUGUUGGUAGCAAUUUAUAUUAAAGGAAUCAUAAGUGCAAAUAAGUCAUUUAUCAUUUAACUAAACUGUCAUGGUUUAGUUUACAGUUUUUUUAAAGUUCUUAAUUAAAACAUUGAAAAUGCAGUUGACACUUGUAUGGCUUAUGAAGUUAUUUUUUAUAGUCUUACAUUACUUGAAUUGUUCAAAGUACAGUAUAUUUUAAAGUAAGAAAGGUAAACUAUAUGUAUUUGUUUUAUACAUUGAAGGUUCAGACUCACAAAAUAAUGCUCUUGGUUAUGAUUUGAACACUUUCAGGCAAAAUCCAACUUAAAUUUUUCCUUUCCCUAGCAAUCACUUUUAUCCAAUGUCACCUCUUCUUAGUUACUAACACUUUUUCGACUUUAAGAAUAAAAUCAUUCACAAACUAAGUAUAUGAUGGAGAAUGAAAAACUAGAGUCAGACAGCUUUAAUUGACAUUGUCAAGACCUCCAGUUAUCAGGAAUACAUUUUUUUACUGCCUUAACCUGUAGUGCGUAGAAUAUGCAUCAAUUUCUUGAAGGGGAUUCAUGUUUUUAUAAGAAUUUUCAUGUAAUUAUUGCAGUUAUGGUCAAAUAAGGAACGUUUCCUGCUUGAAACUGUAUUGAUUUAAAUGAUGUGUGAGUUGUUUUACCAUUUUCAGGCACUGUGUAAUUCUAUUGUAAUAAACUGGCAGGUAUCUUUGUAACUAUAAAUAGUGCAUGCUCAGCCAUGUACACUGUAAAUAGCCUUUACCAAACGUGUUUGACAAGGACCAUAAUUAACAUCACGUAGUGAAUUGUGAUAAAAAAAAAAGCCAUGAUUUAUUUGAUGUGAUUGGCUUAAUUGUUUUUAUGUGGCGCCAAGAAUGGAACUGUUUAACAGCUGUAACCAAUGGUACUGAUCUGUCCACCCAAUGUUGUCUUUAUUAUAUUUGAUUGUGGUUUGAUAGUAUUGCAUUGUCAGACUAGGGAAGCUAAAGAAACAACAUGAUUUUAGUUUUACUGAAGACUGGCCUUAUUAAUGGACAGCUUUCCUAACAAGUGAUUAUUAACCUUUAUCAGGUUUUCACAUCUGUUUCAGGAACAUGGCAGUAUGUUUACAUGUCAGAAGUUUUGUUCAAUUCUAUGGUAUUUCUAAAUCGAUUUGUUUAAAUAAAUUCAGCAAAUGGA